AGUGCAGUCCAGUCCAGUCCACUGCCAAAACACAACGCUUCUGCAACGACUGCCACGCAGACGCACAAGCCAUCAUGCCCGUAAACCACGUACCCAGUUUACAGAACACACGCCCCCGGUUCCCUCUCUUCCCGUUGCCGAAUCCUCUGAUACCCCCUUGCAGACAAACCGCGUACGGCAAGUUGAUGAUUCAGGGACCCUCUCUCUUCCCAAUAUCCGCCCCAUGGUCAACAAUCAUGCCCGCAUCCUCAGACGACGGGCCUCACACACCGGGGACGCCUUCCUGGGCACCUGGGCAGAAGCCCUGUCUCGUCACUCGGGGGGUGUCACUCCACGGCCCCAAGGGGGUUGCCAUAUAUCGGCAUUGAUCUUAAUCAAGCUGCCACAGCUCCUUUAUUACUAGAGCUUCCGCCUCCCCUUCAGGUCGGAAUGUGAACUUCUUUGUUUCUUCCGUAGGAGCAUGCAGCAGGCGCAGCAAGUUUAGACAGUCCUUCCUUUUUCCUUUUACCCCCCUUUUUCUUCCCUUUCCCAACUUCCGUUCUUCAGCUUCCGCUUGGGGGGAGAUCAGCCUCUUUGUUCCCGCUUAUACCGGACGCUCCCGCACCCACAGCCUUUUCUUGUUCUUUGCAUUAGAGCUUACGCCUACUACACGACAACCCGCCGACGUGCCGCGUGUGUAGCAUCUGUUCGCCUUCAUUACCGUGCUCUGGGAGUAUUUAUAUUCGACUUUUACCUUGCUGUACAACAACUCUUCACGCCUCUCCUAGUAGAGCUAGACAGGCCUUUCUUUUUAAUCGGAGACAGACAGCUUGUUUUACUGUAUCCAUCUAAGCUUUCGCUGCCCGCUCAAAAACAUCAACAACUUAAUCCGACAAGAUGGCUCCUAUCUCCUCGAUACUCGCCCCCUUCGCCGCCCUCGCUGGGUUGGUCGCCGCUCUCCCCAGCAACUUCCCCGGCUCUGAGAAGUUUGCUGGCGUCCCUGUUUCCAACAUCAACGCCUUGAACGUCAUCCCCCAGAGCUACAUCGUUGUCUACAACAGCACCUUCGACUCCAAGAUCAUCGAUGACAGCCAAGCCAUGGCCAUGGCCAAGGUUGCCGAGCGCAAUCUGGGCAAGAGGUCAGAAGACGGCCGUGACAUGUCAACAACAGCAACGACCUGCCAAAUCGGAACCUGGAGGGGUUUGAUGCUUGACGCUGAUGACCAGACGAUUAUGGAGAUCAUGGCGGACCCGGCAGUCCGCUAUGUGGAGGCAGAUGCAGCUAUGAACAUCUUGAUCGACGAGGAGGCUUCCGAGAUGCCUCCCCCAGCCGAAAUCACAGAGAUGCAAGCCAUUGCCAGGCGCGCGGAGCAGACCGAGACCGGAGCUCCUAAUGGUCUUGCCCGCCUCAGUCAGUCUGAGCCUAACCCUGGCACCUCUGGCACAUACAGGUUUGAGGAUUCCGCUGGUGAGGGCAUCACCGUCUACAUUGUCGACACCGGUAUCCGCGCCACCCACACCGAGUUCGAGGACCGCGCUACUUUUGGUGCCAACUUUAUCGACCAGGUGGACACCGAUCAGAACGGCCACGGAUCGCACUGUGCCGGAACCAUUGGCGGUAAGACCUUCGGUGUUGCAAAGAAGGCUACCCUGGUUGGCGUCAAGGUUUUGGGCGCCAGCGGCGGUGGUUCCAACCGUGGAGUCAUUCAGGGCAUGCAGUUCGUUGCCAACGACGUUACCCAGAAGAACCUUGCUCGCAAGGCUGUCAUGAACAUGUCUCUUGGUGGCAGCAAGUCUACCGCUGUCAACGAGGCCAUCAACUCCAUGAUCAAGGCUGGCGUCGUGGCCGUUGUUGCUGCCGGCAACGAGAACGACGAUGCAAGCAAAUCCAGCCCGGCGUCCGCUCCUGGUGCCAUCACCGUCGGUGCCAUUGACCAGAAGAAUGACCGCAAGGCAUCAUUCUCCAACUUCGGCACUGAUGUCGACAUCUUCGCACCUGGUGUUAACGUUCUCUCCGUCGACGCCAAGAGCGACACGGGCUCCAAGACCCUUUCGGGUACUUCGAUGGCCUCACCUCACGUUGCUGGACUCGCUGCAUACCUGAUGGCUCUUGACCCCACUCUCACUGCUGGCGGCGGUAUUGAGACUGUUGCUGGCAAGGUCGACGCUAGGAUCAAGGAGCUCGCCAAGGCUAUGGGCGCCCAGGUCGGGCAGGCUCCCGCCGGCACCACUACUCUCAUCGCCAACAACGGCAAGACCGGCAACGGUGCUGGCAACGGCACUGCCGCCGCCGCCCCUGCCGACAACGCAGACGCCGCCCCUGCCACUGGCGCUACCCGUCGUCUGCGCAAGGCCCAGAGGCUUACAUUCCAACGCAUGCAGCAAUUCCAGAGGCAGCAAAUCCAGAGGCAGCAAAGCCAGAGGCAACAAUAGAAGAAACAUUACCUUGAUUGGUGAGGUGGAGAAUGAGCGCAUCUUCAAAUCAAACCACAGACAGACAUUGGGUCACGGUGUUUUUGCUUUUUCAUAACUGUCUUCAUUUGUCUUCAUAGCGGAGUCGAGGCUAUAAUCUGUCUUGGGGAAUGGGACUGUCUAUCUCGCUUGGUUGGCCCCGCCAGCCCAGGGCCGUGCCCAUCACAUUUCUAGAAGCGAUCUCAUUUACAUGUACAUAUAUUUAUGGCGCUCAUAUGGCGCUCGUACCGCAUAUACUAGAGAUCAUUCCAGCACUCCAUGAAACUGCUCAUCAUCGUGUGUGACUACCC